AUGUCUGAAUACGCAUCGGAACAAAUAGACAACGUCCCAGAGGGACAAUUCCAAGAUGACUCGUAUGUAACGGGCGGGAAAGAGUCAAUUCCCGUGCAAAGCAAUAAUGCUCCACUUGAGGAUCCGAUUCAGGCAUCUUCAGCAGACACCGAUCAGCAGCUGGAGCAAGACGAUAAGGAAGCAAUUGAUAAGUCCAACAUUAUUGACGAAAGGACUCGAGGCUCUAAGCCGAGAAGGUCGUAUGAGGAGCCUGGAGAUGAUCCAAUCGGAAUGACUGAAUAA